CGCAGAGUGCGUGACGCCGAGUGACGCGAGUGGCGGGUGGAUUUGAAAUUGGGACGGGGAGAAGGAAAAGUUGCGGCGGCUGUAACGACGACAGUGAUUUAAUCACAAUGCGGCGCAGCUCGAGUACCACUGGUAGCAGUGGUCGGCAAUCCAUGAUGCCUCUGAGAGUGCAGGAUACCAACAAGAUGGGUCUUCAUACACCUCAGGCGCAAGACAGAACAACCUUUGGGAAGCUGAGUAUGAGUAAACCUGCAUCUGGUACCUCAGAAAGAAAAGUCAGCUUCUUUGGUAAAAGAACUAGUGGUCCCGGAGGUUCACGUAACAGUCAGUAUGGUGUGUUUGGUACAGAAAAGAUCAAGGAUCCCAGGCCACUUCAUGACAAGGCAUUCAUCCAACAGUGUAUCCGACAGCUCUGUGAGUUUCUUGUAGAGAAUGGCUAUGCCCAUAAUGUCUCCAUGAAAUCACUCCAAUCCCCAUCUGUUAAGGACUUCUUAAAGAUCUUCACUUUUAUCUAUGGCUUCCUGUGCCCUUACGAGCUUCCUGAUUCUAAGUUUGAAGAGGAAAUCCCCAGAAUCUUUAAAGAGCUUGGGUAUCCCUUUGCAUUGUCAAAAAGCUCUAUGUACACAGUGGGGGCUCCACACACCUGGCCUCAGAUUGUAGCAGCUUUGGUUUGGCUAAUCGAUUGUGUCAAGUUGUAUUCUGCCACAAGGGAAAACACACCCUUUGAUGAAGGUCAGACCUGGGAAGGAGAAACAGAAGAUGGAAUUGUACAUCAUAAGCUUUUUAUGGACUACACUGUAAAGUGCUAUGAGCACUUCAUGAAGGGUGGAGACACUUAUGAGGAGUUUGAUGCAGACGUGCAGUCAAAGCUAAAGGAUUUGUUUAAUGUAGAUGAAUUCCAGGUGGAGGCUCUAGCAGCAGAAAACAAAAGGUUGCAUGAAGAGAUUGCAAGACUAGAGAAAGAAAGGGAAACUGAGCCGGAUCGUUUAGUGUCAUUGAAAAAACUGAAAUCUUCUUUGCAAGCAGAUGUUCAGAAAUAUCAGGCUUACAUGGCUAAUCUGGAGUCUCAUGCAGCAAUCCUUGACCAGAAAGUGAAAGGAAUUAAUGGGCAACUUGAAACAGCAGAAAUGGAAGUUGAAGCGAUGAAGCAGGAGAAUGCACGCCUCCAGCACAUCUUUGAUAACCAGAAGUACUCAGUUGCAGACAUUGAGAGAAUAAAUCAUGAAAGGGAUGAACUGCAGCAAACAAUCAACAAGCUGACCAAGGAACUGGAGGCAGAAGAGCACCAAUUAUGGAAUGAAGAGAUGAAAUAUGCUAGAGGGAAAGAGGCGAUUGAAACACAACUGGCAGAGUAUCACAAGCUGGCUCGAAAGCUGAAACUAAUCCCGAUAAGUGCAGAGAAUUCCAAAGGCCAUGAUUUUGAGAUUAAGUUUAAUCCUGAAGCAGGACCAAACUGUCUAGUCAAAUACAGAACUCAUAUUAAUGCUCCCCUUAUGGAGCUCAUAAAUAGGACCGAAGAAGAAAUUAGAAAAGCUACCCACAAGAAAAUGGGUUUAGAGGAUACGUUUGAUCAGGUGAACACAAUGGUAUUAGAAAAGAAAAGCAGUGUUAAAAUGCUUAAGGAAGAAGCCCAAAAGCUGGAUGACCUUUAUCACCAGAAGCUUAAGGAAGCAGAAGAGGAAGAGAGAAAAUGUGCAACUGAGUUGGAAUUAUUGGAGAAGCAUAAACACUUACUUGAGAGUGGAAUCAAUGAAGGCCUCAGUGAAGCUAUGAACGAGUUGCAUGAUGUUCAGCGGCAAUACCAGGUUGUUAUGCAGAUGACAACGGAAGAGAGUAGGAAAGUAGGUGAUAAUUUGAAUCGUCUCUUGGAAGUGAUUGCUACUCAUGUAGUAUCAGUAGAGAAAUACCUGGGUGAGCAGAAUGUAAAGGUUGAUAGAGACUUUGAAGAAUUCAUGUCAGAAGAUUUAUUGGUAAACUUAAGAGAGAUCCUAGACAACUAUAAAAAGAAGGCUGAUGCAGUGUAAUUCUCAAAAAGGUUGAAGAAGAUAAAAAUUUUGGAUUUGCAGAGCUCUAGAGGUAUCCGUCCUUCAAUAUAGGCAUCACCUGUCAUAGAUUUCCUUGUUAGCUGAAUUGCUGUUAUGAUUCAUAGACUCUUUUACAAAUGUACAUAGCUUCCUUUUAGUUUUUAGUAUGUGUAUCAUUAUAUUAAAAAAAAUUAAGAGGUUAAUCAAAUUAUUUGCAAAUAAAGUAAUGAAUUUGUUUUUA